AUGCCAAGACUCGGCUACGAGUCUCAGCUGUGCAAUUCCCUUAAAGACCUCAAAGCGGAGAAAGAAGUUACCGGCUGCUUUGGCUGCUUUAGCUGCUUUUUCAAGAAAAAAAAGAAAGAUGGGGAGGAAUUACCAGAUUAUGUACCGCCAUACCACAACGCAACAGACCCUAUCUGCCAGUGUGAGGAGUGCUUUUUAUUUAGGGAGCGAGAACGAAAUAGUCUCGGAAGGAAACUGGAAGACUGUUUCUUGGAAUUUUUGGAGUGGCUCGGAGAUGACGGUCUUGGUGACGGAUUUGCAAGGAAAUUCUUAAAAGAGUGCCAGCGGUAA